CGACCUCGAUCCUUUGUAUCCCUGUAAUCCAAUUAACAUCCUGUCUCGACCGCCGAAGAAGGAAAUGCUCUGGAAACUCCCAAGCCACCUCUGUUGGACGCAAACGUCAGUGCCCCAUAUGAAGCAGCCACAUUCCAAGCUACCCAUCGCCCUGCAUGACGUUUCGUGAUGAUCUCCUGCCUUUCUUGUGAGUUUUGGAGAAUGAACCUGUUUUCAGGGUCUCACGACAAGAUACGAGUAUCUCCAUCCUUAGAGUGACAGACUUGUCCGAUCAAUGUGUAUAUAAAUCUAACCGUUGUCGACCCUAUACUCCUUUCCUUAUCAUCCAACAAACAAGCAACCAACCCACUAAACAACAACUACUACUACUACUUCGAGUCAAAGACUCUAUAGCCAAAAACAACCUUCAAACCCUAUCUUUCAAACCUACAUUCUACUCAUCCAUUCAUCCAUCAUGCCUAUCAUGCGCCGCACUCACCACACUACUGCUCCCCGCACAACCCGCACUACUCGUGCUCCACGCACCACCACCACCGCUCGUCCAAGCAUGAAGACGAGACUUCUUGGUGGAGGACGGACUACCCGUACCCAUCGUACACCGGCAACUACCACCACUACCACGACCACCACUAAGACCACUCGCCAUCAUGGUGCCGCUCCCGUGGGCCACCACCAUCACCAGAAGCGACAUGCCACCAUGGGAGACAAGGUCUCUGGUGCCCUCAUGAAGUUGAGGGGAUCUUUGACUCGUCGUCCGGGUUUGAAGGCUGCUGGCACUCGCCGCAUGCACGGUACAGAUGGACGUACCACUCGCCGCCACCACUUGUAAAUUAUUGAUGAUUGAGCGUUUCAACUAGUGGGGGAGUUAUGAAGUGGCUGUAAUGAUAUUAUCAGAUAUUGGUUGAACGGACAUGAUUACAUGAUUGUACGAUAGUAAUUGUUGAUACCCUCAUAUUGAGUACAUUAUUUCACCAAAC